AUGGUGGCGGCCAGUAUGCAGCGGAAGUUCGGGCUCUGUGGGUGUUAAGGAUUCUAGUCUCUCUAGCUCGAUGGCUCUCCGAUGGCAACUGGAAACAGAGCGGAAGUGGCCGUGCGGUUACCCUUAGCAACCGAAGAAUGCGACCUAGUGUAUCGACAACGCCGUGGCGGAGAAACUGAAGGGAGCAUGGAGGAGGCUACGUCGGUGUCGACGUCGGAGGGCACCUUCUGCCUGCAGCAGAUUACAGUAACGGAAUGCUCUGAAGAAGACUAUCAAUAUGAAGAGGUACCAGCAGAUGAUGAUUUUAGCCUUCAGGAAGGUGAUGAAGACUUGGCAAAGGCUAUACAGACUAUCCAGGAACAGGCUGUCGAUGCUCAAAUUAUGGCUCAGCAACCAGGCCAGAUAAGUAAGCAUUCGCUGUCUGAAAUACCUGAAGUUGUGGAUGAUUUUCUUUGCAAUUUCCUAAUCAGAAUGGGGAUGACCAGGACAUUGGACUGUUUUCAGACUGAAUGGUAUGAGCUGAUGCAAAGAGGUGUGCUUGAACCUAAGGAUGUUGGAUUUGUUCCAGAUGCGUACACCUGCAAUCAACAUUUGGACAGAGAAAACAAAUAUUUAAAGAAGGAAAUGGAGAACUAUAAACUUGCAGCCAACAAAGCUAAGGAAGUACUGAUAAAAAUGCAGAAAGAGCGGGACUUCCAUAAAAUGAACCAUAAGCGAGUGGUCCAGGAAAAGAACAGGCUCAUUAAUGAUAUUAAAAGGCUGAAGACACAUUAUGCAUCAUAUGAGCCAAUGUUAAGGCAGCUGAAUGAAAAAUACGAGGUCCUAAUAAGAGAGAAAAUGCUAACAAGCUUGGAAAGAGACAGAGCUGUUGGGCAGAUUACAGGCUUGCAAGCCACCUUACAAAGUUUAGAAUCUGGAAGCAACAUUCUUAUUCAUGGGACUAGAGUAGGUCACAAGUGUGAAAGAGAGGAUGGAUUAGAAGGACCUUCCCAGAGAGCUCUCAGAGAAGCCAGGGAACCAAAAGUAUAUUCUGGGGUUAAUCCAUAUGAUUCAGCCAAAGACCCAACAAAGCAGACAGGCAAGAGAUAUCCAAAGGAUUCCGAAUUUCCUGAAGAUAUUCAAGUUAACCCUUACCUUGCUCGUGCAAAAGAAUGUGUGCGCCCAUUGAAGUCUGGAGUGUAUAGGCUGAGCAAUACUUUGAAAGUGCAUGAUCUGGCAGUGAGCUGCUUAGCUUUACAUCCAAGGAAAGACAUUGUUGUCACUGGAAGUGAUGACCGCCUGUGGAAAAUGUGGGCCUUCCCGAAUGGCAACAUCAUCAUGAAAGGUGAAGGUCAUACUGAUUGGCUUUCUGGAUGCUGCUUCCAUCCAAGUGGAACAAAAUUAGUCACUUCAAGUGGAGAUACAACAGUUCGGAUAUGGGACUUUGCAAAGGGCGGGUGCAUACUCACCUUGGAAGGUCACAACUAUGCUGCCUGGGACUGCUCUUGGCAUUCCUGCGGAGAUUUUGUGGCUUCUGCUUCUAUGGAUAAAACUAGCAAAGUAUGGGACCUAAACAGUGAGAGGUGCAGAUAUACCCUGCGUGGCCAUAAGGACUCAGUAAACAGCAUUGAGUUUCUUCCUUUCUCCAACAUCAUUCUCACCAGCUCUGCAGACAAAACUCUGUCUCUUUGGGAUGCUAGAACGGGAAUCUGUGCCCAGACCUUCUGUGGUCACCUGCAUUCCUGCAAUCAUGCCACAUUCAACAUGAAGGGUGAUAUCAUUGUUUCCUGUGACUCUUAUGGUGUACUGAAAUUAUGGGACGUCCGGAAGGGAGCACCAAUGGUAUCAGUUGAUACAGGCCCACAUCCUGGCAACCAGGUGGCUUUUGACCCCUCUGGUCAAAUUGUAGCUCUUGCAAGCAAUGAUGGGUCCGUGAAGACUCUAGAACUCAAAUCAGGGCAUCUUUCCAGCUUGUUGGGUCAUGAAGAUGAAGUUCAGAGUGUCAUAUUCGAUCACAAGGCAGAGCAUUUGCUUUCGGGUGGCUCUGAUGGCACCGUUCGAAUCUGGAACUGAGAUGCUGGCCUGUUGUUUAUUUAAAUCCCACAGAAAUGCUUUGACAAGCUCCUAGCAGUGGAAGUGGCUUUAAACAAAUUUGCCAUUAAGGUCUGAAGUAAAGUAGUUGUGUGGAAUAUAAAGUUUCUGUAUCUCAGUUGAAUUAAAUAAACAGAAAAACCUCAA